AUGCGUUCCGUUAUCUUCCAAGAAUGUCAGGCCUGGGUGAAUCAGGUCAAGAACUUCCCUGACCCCUCACUGCUGGCCAUGGCAGCCCCCAGCCGUCUGGGACUGGUGCCCCGUGGCAAAUUCCUCCUUCGGGCUAUGAGAGAGGUCUUUCCCCUCGCGAACACCCCCUUCUGGCACGCCGUCGCGGAACAGGUGUACGGCUUCACCUGGUGCCUGUCGGAUGCCAACGUGCUUUGUCGCCAGUGUGUGCAGGGGACUUGUACCGUCGGCGUGCUGGCUUGCUUCCCGGAUUACCUUCAUUUCCUGGGGGACCUGCCCGAGAUCCUGGAUGUCUGCACCCAACGCGUGAUCGAGUAUAUCGAGCACGUGCACCAGGACCAUGGCAUUGGCCCAGAGCGGAAGAUCCUAGACGCCUGGCUGAUGUGCGUGCAGGCCGUGUACCUUGACGUGCUGCACCCGAAGGCGGAGUAUAUGCGCUUCCCGGACAAUGAGCACCAGAGCAUUCAGUACCGACUUAUCAGCUCCGCCGGACGCCCCUUGGCCCUACAUGCGCAGCUGGAGCAGCCCAACCCUCUGAUUGGCAACGAUGAGGAGGUCAACGCCGUUGCAUUUGCAUCGACCGUGAUGCACGAUCUCUGCGACCUGCGCCACGACAAUAGCGCCAAUGAGUACUAUAACCUGUUGACGAUCGUCAGCGCACAUACAGGGGUUCUGAGCGUGGCGAUGGUUCGGCGGUUCUGCGUUGACGUCUGGGCCUGGGCCGUGGAUAAUGGGGCCCUGUGGGCGAUCCAUCUGGCGGGGCGUGAGCUGGCCUGGCAGCUUUACAUGGCUCGCUAUCAGACAGGUCUCUUGUUGGAUAAACUCCUACCCCCUCGAUCCGACCAGGAGAGGACCGAGGUGGACCCGUACGGGGAUGCGGUAUUGAAUGGUCUGAACCCGUUGCUGAAUGGAGCGAAGCCGGUGGGACGGAGCCUCGAGCCGAAGAACUAUGACUUGCGGGCACGCUGCGAGAACCAGAAGCGCUACGACGAGGUGCUCCAGAAUUGCGUGCGGCAUUUCCAGGGAUGCCCCAACUGUUGGGGAUACGAUGCGGUGAGCUGGCAAGAGCGUGUUCCGGCCAUUGGAGCCGCCGCGUACAUGAUUCUGACCUCGCCGGACCGGUUGUGGUGGCUGGCGGAUCCGAUGGCCGAGUACACGGGACCGCAGGAGAAGUGGUCGGCACUUCUGUGCUAGGUUCCCCUCACACAUGGUGAUCUUGAUGCGGAGGCGAGAUGAGAUGGAUUCCUGAGUUGGGAAGGAGGAAGUGGAAAGAGGAGCUCGGUAUUUAGUCGGUACUUGAAUUUGUUAGUAUAUUAGUAGUUAGUGAGUAAGAGAAUUCAAUUAUCAUUCAUCUCGUUUGACAACAAUGGAUUCAAUCCCCGCCCGAACUGACGGAACUGGGGUGGCUAGAGGAGCCAUUCUGCAGGAGGAUCCAUUUGAUGCCCGGAAGAUGCCUGUGUCAUGGAUCGAGGGUAUUCCGCCAUCAUCCGGAGGUGGCGAUCGGG